UUAAAACUAUAAAUUUCUAAAUAUAAUUUUUAUAUUUAUUAUAAUCUUAUUAUUUUGGAUAUUCUUACAAUUAUAUAAAAUGUAAAUAUUGUUAAUUUAUUAUUUAAUCGCUUCUGCAUUUGGUAGUUAACCAGUCAUAAGUAUCCCGCAAAUGAACCAAUUUAUAACCGAAGAACUAGUCAUAAAAAUCUCUUAAAACCGCUUGAAACCGCAACCACCCACAUCCGCAAACUUCUAUAACCUUAACCGCUGCGUUUUAAGCAGUCAGACCAGUAGUAAAAUAUAUAGUAAUCAAAUUUUUUAUAAAGCUUUAUCUGAAAUUUAAUAAGAAAUGAGAAAACUACCUAAAUACAAAAAAAAAUAGAAAAGGAAAUGAAACUUUCAAAGAAAACAUAAAUUUUUGACUGAUAAUAUAUAUAUAACAUACUUAAAUUAAUAUGCCAAUCCACGCGUAGCAAUAAAUUACCACAAAUAUUUUUAAUGUUUCUAUAAACAACUUAAUAAGGAAAAAAAGUUAAAAAUCAAUAUAACUACCACACUAUAAUUAGAACAAUUAAAGUCAAACAAAUCUAACCAAUUUUUAUGGAUCACUGUGUAAGACAUCAAAUACUACUUUCAUAGUUUUAUCUAUAAAUUAAUAUUUAUCUUAAUAAAAAUUUCAACCAUCAAACUGGUAAAUGUAAAAUUCAAAAGAAACAAUAAGAAACGUGUUUAUAUCCUAAGAAUAUCACAAAGAACAAAAUGUCAUCAUCAAAGUUCGUUAUAUUAUGCAUCGUCCUAAUUGCUUUAUUUCCUCUGCAUGAAUGUAUGCUUGUCGAUGGACAAGGUCUUAAAGCAAGCGAUGCCUCUAGAGAAACUUGCAAGCAACUCCAGUGCGAUAAAAUAGACAAAAAACUUUGUUCAUGUUGUGUAUCCAAAGCUAGAACUAUGGACAGGUGUUACCAGAGAAAAGAAGAUUGUAUGCAUUAAUGCGGCAAACCAUUAUAAGUUAUCUCGAGAACCUACAUCAAAGAUUUUAAAAAUCUGAAUAAACUUAUUUUUUAAUGGGUUCUUUCAAAAAUGACUCAAAAUUUUAAGUCAAACACAAAAUUAGUCUAUAUUUUUUUUUGAAACUUUUUUUUGUCCUAUUCACCCUAGAAGUUCUAGUUAUUCACGAAAAUGCCAUUAUUUUUUUUUUCCGAAAAUAAGGCUUUUACCUUACCAUCCUCAUCUUCACCAAAUAUUUACAACUUUACCAUUGAUAUCAACACCUCAACAACCAUGAACUACUAAAUUGAGAGUGUUAAUACCCUAAAGUUUCGAUUUUUUUUCAUCCUUUCUCAUUUUCUAUCCACACAAACCACAUAUCUUACACUUUCUCUCAAAAAUUCAUAAAAAAAACUGAAGAUUUGAUUACAAAUUAUGUAAGGUUCAUAAG